UGCUGGUUUCUCUUCCAAAGAUAGAUCGAACGAAAUUCAAAAUUUGAAAUUCUAUUAUAAGAAGGGGAGAGUGAGAGGGGGAGAUGGAAACAGCAUCCAGCGAUAUGAAGAAUUUCUACAGGCAAAGGAAGAGCAACAGAGGUGGCAUCACAAAGCCCUCUUCUAAAUCAACCUCUAAAUCCAAGAAGAAAUCGCCCAAAAAUGCAGCCGCUAUUGGCUCUGAUAUCACCCAGCCUAGGACCCUCAUUUCGCAUGGUGCACCUGAUCUUCACGAUGAUUAUGACAAACAUGAAGAAGUGCUGAGGCAAUUUGACAUGAACAUGGCAUAUGGGCCGUGCCUUGGGAUGACCCGGCUGGCGAGAUGGGAGCGUGCUCAACGUUUGGGUCUGAACCCACCUGAAGAAAUUGAGUGUCCGUUGAAGGGCGGAAAAGUUAACUCAGAUUGCCUGUGGGAUGGUCGUGUUUAGAAGUUACUAACAAUAUGCGUGGUGUGUUGUGUGUUAUUAGAAUCUAAUGUAUUGCUAGUUUUUGUGGUUUUAUUUGUAAUUUUGAUGUUCAGCCUCUGGCUGUUCUGUUUGUAUGUUUAAAUGACUUUGCUGUUCUUAAUGGAGUGAUUCUUGAUUUGCAAUUUCAA